AUGUUUAAGAUGAAGAAAGCUCUGCUCCUCCUUCUUGUGUUGGCUGUGGCCACUAGCCCAGCCUGGGCACUUCAAUGUCAUGUGUGCACCAGCAGUACCAACUGCAGAAAACCUCAGGUCUGUCCAGCCAACUCUUACUUCUGCAAAACUGUCAUCACAGUGGAGCCUCUGAGUGGGAACCUGGUGAGGAAAGAGUGUGCAAGCUUAUGCACUUCCAACAACAGCCAGCAGGGCCAUGUCAGCAGUGGUUCCGAAGUCACACAAUGCUGCCAGGGUGACCUGUGCAACCACAGUCUGUCCAGCGCUGCGCCUGCACAUGCCCUGCUCAGCAGUGGCAUCCUGGGCCUGACAACGAGCCUCGGCCUUCUCACUGUUACAGCUCUCUGCCUGUAACGCACUGCUUAGAAUUUCCCUUGCCCCUUCCCUUCUAGUUCACAGGGUCCCCACAUCCCUUCCUUGGCCAUAAUAGAGGCACCAGAUGCUAAGGCUGGGGGAUUCCCUUCAAGCCUGGGGCUGGGUCCUGGUGGGCACCAAGAGUCAAUGAAAUAUAUAGCACAGUGCCUGCCCCAGGACAGGAAGAUGUGGCCUGCUCCCCAGCAUGGAAGAUGGGGGACAGACAUGAUCUGUCUCCUCUGAUUUUGUAUGUGUUCCAUUUAUUUUUCUACUUGAACCUCUACUUGGAAAUAAAUGAUUUAA